AUGAAGUGGGAAUCUAUCGGCGUCCGUGAGAAGUGGGACCUCACCAAGCCCUUGACCGUCGGCUGGACUCACGUCGACAACGAAGACGACCAGACCUUCUGCAUCUACCUCACCAACCGAGUCGACUACCCCCCCGUCACCGAGCUCGUCCUCCGCUAUGUCCGCAUGGACCAGGACCGGGUGACCAUCCCGCCUCCGGGACCGCUGCAUAUCCCGUACAACUGCAACUAUCGCCUUUGGGCUAGCGCUUGCGGUGCUCCUGAGACUAUCUUCGCGGAGACCGAUGACUUCUGCAUUGAUUGCUCCAGAGGUGAUCGGGAUCGGGAUCGGGAUCGGGAUCGGGAUAUGGAGGGAAAGCCGGGAAAGGACAAGCAGGGUAAGAAGUGA